AUGAGUGAUUCUCGUCGUAUUUAUCUCCUUCCUCUGAACGACGACGGCUCUCCUGACAUUCCGGGAGGCUACAUCUACCUCCCACCUCCAACUGAUCCAGCCUACGUGCUCCGCUUCGCCAUCGAGGGCACGAGCUCAAUAUGUAGGGAAGGCAUCUUGUGGGUGAAUAUCCCUGAGGCAGGAAAAGACUUUGAUCGUUCCAAGUUUCGUCAAUUCAAAUUGCGGCCUGAUUUCAACAAAGACAUACACAUCGAUGUGCCCAUCACCCAACCUGGUGCCUUUGCUUUCUACACCACCUAUUCGCCACUCCCGGAGUUUUCUGUUUCUUCUUCCCCAACCUGCGAACAGGCGAGGACACCGCUGCAUUAUGUUGAUGUUGCACCCUCAUUGUCCCUUGGCGGCAAGAGUCUGCCUCUCGAUGCGCUUUCAAUUUUCUCUAUCAUCUCCAAGUUUAUGGGAAAGUAUCCCACCGACUGGGAUAAGCAUUUGCGAGGGAUCUCUGAGAGGAACUAUAACAUGGUCCAUUUUACACCAUUGAUGAAACGGGGUGUCUCGAACUCACCUUACAGUAUCUACAACCAACUAGAGUUCGAUCCAGAGUUUUUCCCUAACGGGGAGCAAGAUAUCGCAGACAUGGUCUCCAGGAUGGAAAAGGAGUUCGGAUUGCUAGCUCUUACCGAUGUUGUCUGGAAUCAUACUGCAAGCAAUAGCAAGUGGCUGGAAGAGCAUCCAGAGGCAGGGUACAGUGUUGAAACAGCACCUUGGCUGGAGGCGGCUUUGGAGCUUGAUACUGCCUUGCUGAAAUAUGGCGAAAACCUUCAAAGUCUAGCAUUGCCCACGGAGUUCCACACAGUAGACGAUCUACUCCAAGUCAUAGGCGGGAUGAGAAAGCACGUCAUCGACACGAUACGACUGUGGGAAUUUUACGUUGUGGAUGUGAAAAGCGAUACAAGAAGGAUCGUUGAUGAGUGGAUAAGUCGUGAUUCGAAGCCGCCUCAUGAUCACAACAAUAUUCCAGACGUUGAGGCCAUCAAGACAGGCACAUUGAAGCAGAAAGCGGAUUUCAUCCGUCGAAACGCCCUGUUAAACUCGACACGCAUUUUGGGAAGAUUCAGUCGAAAGGUCGAUGAGAAGGUGGCUGCACCCUUGCUGACAGUCCUUUUUGGAAAUUAUGACAAGACCUCUUCGGAUGUUCCUUCAGUGGAAGCGGAAGUAUCUCGAAUCCUCGAUGAGGUCAAUCUUCCCCUCUACCAGGAAUACGAUGCGGAUGUGGAUGAGAUACUAGAACAAGUUUUCAAUCUCAUCAAAUACGUCAGGAUUGAUGAUCAUGGUCCGAAACUGGGACCUGUGACCAAAGAGAACCCGUUGAUUGAGAGCUAUUUUACAAGACUGCCACUCAAUGACACCACAAAGAAACAUAACCCUCGAGCGCUCGCUCUGGUGAACAAUGGCUGGAUCUGGAACGCCGAUGCAAUGCGGGACAAUGCGGGCCCCGAAUCUAGGGCCUAUCUUCGCCGAGAGGUCAUCGUCUGGGGUGACUGCGUUAAGCUUCGCUAUGGCUCAUCACCCCAAGACAAUCCAUUCCUUUGGGACUUCAUGGCUAGAUAUACGCGAUUUAUGGCAAAAUACUUCUCCGGCUUCCGUAUUGAUAACUGCCAUUCGACCCCGCUAGUGGUGGCGGAGUACCUUCUCGAUGAAGCCCGCAAGGUGCGACCUAACCUGGCCGUUUUUGCGGAACUGUUCACAGGGUCUGAGGAAACCGAUUAUAUCUUCGUCAAGCGUCUCGGCCUGAGUGCCUUGAUACGAGAGGCGAUGCAAGCAUGGAACACAGGCGAACUGAGUCGGCUCGUUCAUCGCCAUGGAGGUCGUCCGAUUGGAAGUUUUGAUCUAGAUCUUCCCGCAGGAUCUUCACUGCAGUCUGUAUCUGGAAAGGAGGUUGUUUCUCACAUUCGUCAAACUCCUGUUCAUGCGCUUUUCAUGGAUUGCACUCAUGACAACGAGGUCCCUGCUCAGAAACGAGACGCGAGAGAUACCCUCCCGAAUGCAGCCCUGGUCGCUAUGUGUGCGUCAGCUACAGGAAGUGUGAUGGGCUAUGACGAAGUCUACCCUAAGCUUAUAGACCUUGUCUCAGAGACACGCUUGUACUACUCGAAAUUCUCGGAGUGUGACUCUAUAGAGGUCGGACCAGGUGAUGGAGGUAUCGGCGGUGUCAAGAAGUUGCUGAACGCCCUCCACACGAAAAUGGGCGUACAAGGAUACGAUGAGACCCAUAUUCAUCACGACGGAGAAUUCAUUACCGUCCACAGAGUGCAUCCAAAAACAAGAAAAGGGAUCUUUUUGAUUGCGCACACUGCCUUCCCAGGUCAUGAAAAUGGGAAAAACAUCCUGCAACCAACACAUUUAAUUGGUACUCAAGCCAGGGAAAUUGGAAGUUGGACAUUGCAGGUAGACGACGAUGAAAAGUCUCGAAUGCGGGCUCUAGCCGACAAAAAGUUCUUAAGGGGUCUUCCAAGCCGUGUUGUGGAAAUCGAUGGAACCAAAGUUGAAUUUGAGGGGAACAAUUCAACAAUAUCUGUUUCGGCAAGCUUUGUUCCUGGGUCUGUCGCUCUGUUUGAAACCUGGAUUCCCGGAGCAGAACACUCGGUGGGUUUGGAUAAUUUCAUCACCGGUGGUGCAAACGAAGCUUUUGCCAAUUUGAACUUGAUCGAUUUGAAUUUCGUGUUGUAUAGAUGUGAAGCGGAGGAGAGGGAUGCUACCGAUGGCCAGGACGGUGUUUAUAACAUUCCAAAUUAUGGACCGUUAGUCUAUGCUGGUCUUCAGGGAUGGUGGAGUGUGCUUGAAAACAUUAUCAAGUACAACGAUCUCGGGCAUCCGCUGUGCGACCAUCUGCGUCAAGGCCAGUGGGCGCUGGACUAUAUCGUCGGACGAAUGGAAAAGAUCGCUAACAGGGAUGGAUACACCCAACUUCGUACACCAGCGACGUGGCUCCGUGAGCGAUUUGAUGCUGCCAGAAGCCUUCCGAGCUUCCUCCUACCCAGGUACUUUGCUAUCAUUGUCCAGACAGCCUUCACUGCUGCCUGGCGACGAUGCAUUCAACUGUUUGGGAAAGAUAUACAACACGGCCAGCAGUUCAUACAUCAACUAGCCAUGGUCAGCGUCCAACAAACAGGAUACGUCAAGUCUGCAUCAUUAUGGCCGGUUAAAAAUGUUCCAAGUCUUGCGGCUGGCUUGCCACAUUUCUCUGUGGAUUGGGCACGCUGCUGGGGCCGUGAUGUCUUCAUCUCUCUCCGAGGGCUGUUCCUUUGCACUGGGUGGUUUGAUGAAGCCAAGGAACAUAUCCUUGCAUUUGCAAGCGUUCUGAAGCAUGGCAUGAUCCCAAAUCUUCUUAAUAGCGGAAGGCUCCCGAGAUACAACUCUCGGGACUCAGUGUGGUUCUUCCUUCAAGCGAUCCAGGAUUACACCAAGAUGGUCCCCAAUGGAAUCCAAAUAUUGGACGAGAAGGUCCCAAGGAGGUUCUUGCCUUACGAUGAUAUCUGGUUUCCCUUCGAUGACCCCAGGGCAUAUUCAAAGUCAUCGACGAUAAGGGAGGUCAUUCAAGAGAUCUUCCAAAGACAUGCUUCCGGACUCAGUUUCAGAGAGUAUAAUGCUGGACCCGCACUUGAUGCGCAGAUGAAGCCUGAGGGGUUUCAGAUUGAUGUCAAGGUGGACUGGGAGACUGGCUUCAUAUUCGGUGGUAAUCAGUUCAACUGUGGGACCUGGAUGGAUAAGAUGGGCGAAAGCGAAAAGGCUGGAAACAAGGGGUUUCCCGGAACACCCAGAGACGGCGCUGCGAUCGAGAUAACCGGUCUAUUGUACAGCGCCCUGACCUGGGUCGCAGGACUGAAUGCUUCCGGGAUCUAUGAGAACAAGGGGGUAGAUAUUGGCGACGGCACAUCCAUCACCUUUGCGGACUGGGCUUCCCGGAUCAAACGCAACUUUGAGCGCUGCUAUUAUGUGCCUGUGAAUGCAGAUGAAGACGAUCAAUACGAUGUUGAUCCUUCUCUUGUCAAUCGUCGUGGAAUCUAUAAGGAUCUAUAUAAAUCGGGAAAGGCAUAUGAAGACUAUCAACUCCGCUCCAACUUCCCCAUUGCGAUGACGGUUGCCCCGGAUCUCUUCACGCCUUCGAAAGCCCUUUACGCUCUUUCUCUUGCAGACUCCGUCCUCUUAGGCCCCACCGGUGUCGCAACGCUUGAUCCAUCGGACCUUAACUACCGACCGAACUACAACAAUUCCGAGGACUCGACGGACUUCGCGACAGCGAAGGGACGAAAUUAUCACCAGGGACCCGAAUGGCUCUGGCCGCGGGGGUUCUUCCUCCGUGCGCUGCUCCACUUUGAUCUUCUGCGAAAGAAAACGCCAGAAGAGCGAACUGAGACAUUUCAGCAGAUCACAAGGAGACUUGAAGGUUGCAAGCGCUCUCUAAGAGACAGUCCCUGGAAAGGUUUGGCAGAAUUGACAAACAAAAACGGUGCUUUCUGCGCGGAUUCGUCCCCAACCCAAGCAUGGUCUGCUGGGUGUCUCCUGGACGUCUAUUAUGAUGCCUCAAGGAUAUCGUUGGAGGGAAAGGCUGAGAGAGCACAUGAAGAGGCUUGA